GACAUAAGCAGAUUUGCAAGUAAUUCAAAAAUUUUUAGGAAGUUACACAACGAUAAUGCAAAAGAUUUGUUGCAUUACAUAAUCUAAUAUAAACGAUACAUAAUUUUUUUAAUUUCUAGCACGUUUUCCAAGAAUGUGAAAAAAAUUUUAAUUAGAUAUUUAAAAAUACACACACAUACACACACACAUUUUUUUGACACGCACAAUUUAACAAACAUCAAAAUUUAUAAUUGCAAUUACAAGAAAAGUAUUUUUACAAGAAAGAAAUUCUUUACGAGUAAAUAAUAAUGCUCGUUGAUGUUCAAAAACAAAUCAAAGCUUAUUUUUUCACUAUUAAAAAAAAUAGUUAGAUAUAAAGCUUUUUAAUAAAAUGUAUCUAAUCAACUGCGAUAAGUUUAAUAUCCGCAAAGAUAUAUCAUUACGUCACACGUGUAAAUUAUUUCAAAAAAUUGUACAUCUUAUAUAAUUAUAGAAAAUUUAUAUUAAGUAUUAUCCAUGCAAAAUGAUAAAACAGAGUUAAAAUAAAGUUCAAGGUUUAAAAAGUUUACAUCAAGAUUAUCACUCACAAGAGUUUAUAUAAGUAAAAGGAAGUGUGAAGAACCUGAGACAGGUUGUAUCUCAGCAAAAUCCAUAGUUUCACGAUUGCAAACGUAGGAUUCAUUAUCUUUUUUCAUUCGAAAAGUCACAGUAAGAAGGGAGUAUCCCCACUCGCGUAUUUCUCGUACCUCGUUGUGCCUUGUACAACGGCUAUAACUCGUCACCGAUUUUCAGUAGUUUCUCGGGCGUCUUAUCAUGUUGCACGUAAUUUAAAAAAAAAAAAAAAUACCGAAACGGUUUUUAUAGUGUACAUAUAUAUAGCAAAUUUUAUUUCUUCGUUAAGCCUUCGUUAAUGCAUCUUAAGUAUUUAUCGCGAAACGUCAAUGCGCAGAUAACCUGAUUAAUUGAUACUGAAACUGUGAUAGAAUCAAUAUCGAAAGUUUUAUCAAUUUUCCCAAUUAGGAAAGCGAUUUAAUGGGGAUCGAUUUAAAAAAAACUUUGUACAGAUUAUCGAACUGUAUUAUUUGAUAUAGUAUUGAUAAAAGUCGCAAUAAUGUGCAGAUUAUCUACAUCCAAAUUACGAUCAGAGUUUUACAAUAUGUCCUGUUAUCAACGUUAUCUGGUGCGACUUCAAUGAGAUUAUAAAGUGUACGAGAAUUAUUACUUUCUUGCGCGUUGGGUUCUUCCGUUUUGUGUCAGUAACAGCGGAAAGAGUGUUGAAAGAAGAUAUAUAUAUGCAUACCUUAAUAAAGUGACGUGAAAAGCAGUGCAACAUGUCCGGAAGAGUGAACCAAGCGUUUGAAGACAAUCAGUUAGAUAUGUUAGAAGAUGGUCGCAGAAAAAGUGAACCUGUUACUCAUCAGAAUGUUAAUUCUUAUCACGAAGCAAAAAAGCCUUGGGCGACGAACAGUAAUGCGAUCAAUGCUUACCUUUCAAAACACCAAAGAGUUUUUAAAGCUUUUGGCUUAAUAAUUUUAAAUCUUCUUGUCUUAACUUAUAUAAUCUUUGCGAGUUUAUAUUGGGAAAAGACCCAAAAAGAUUGUGAUUUUGAAUGGUGCAAUGGCUAUGGAUUACUACUUAUACUUGUAGCACUUAUUUAUCUUGGUUUAUUUUAUUUUUUAAUUGUAAAACGAUAUUUUGGGAAGCACAUCUUACAAUGCUGUCAGCCAGUGACAAAUUACUUAAAGCGCUUGAAAAAUACCAAAUAUGGAAUACGUAUCACAAUGACGACUAUUUAUUUAAUUAUAUUAAUUGCCAUUAUUACUUUUCUUGUCAUCGAUACCGCAAAUUCAAGGUACAGACUACUUAGUAUUCUCUGUAUGAUCGUUGUGCUAGGCUUAGGUUGGAUAUUCUCUAAACAUCCGGGACAGGUCAGGUGGAGGCCUGUCAUUUGGGGUUUGAUUUUACAAUUUGUAUUUGGAAUUAUUACGCUUCGAUGGGCCGUUGGUCGUAGUAUUUUUCAAUGUGUGUCUGGCAAAGUAGUCACUUUCCUGGAUUACGCAAAAGUUGGCGCCGCCUUUGUCUUCUCAGAGGAUAUCGUUGGCAAAGGAGUCUUUGCCUUUGCCGUGCUGCCUGUGAUAUUUUUCUUCAGCUUUAUGGUGCAAAUCAUGUGUUAUCUUGGUGCAUUGCAAUGGAUUAUCAUGAAACUAGGAUGGAUUUUGCAAAGCAUAAUGGGAACAACGCUGUGCGAAUCAUUAGCUGCCGUUGCUAAUCCUUUCAUUGGCAUGUCCGAAUCACCCCUUCUAAUUAUACCAUACAUCAAUCAAUUGACUUCCUCAGAAUUGCACGCUAUACUAGGGUCAGGAUUUUCUACAGUCUCUGGCACGGUAUUCGCCGCUUAUAUAGCAUUUGGUGCUAAACCCGCUCAUUUAAUAACCGCCUCAUUAAUGUCCGCACCGGCUUCUUUAGCCUUUUCCAAGCUUUUUUAUCCAGAAACCGAGCCAAGUCUCACAAAAUUCAAAAAUAUCCAGCUCGAAAAAUCAUCGGAUACCAGUAUUUUGGAUGCUGCAACAAAUGGUGCAUUAGCUGCACUGCCAAUCGUUUUAGGUAUAAUCGCAAAUAUCGUAGCUUUUGUAGCUUUCAUUGCAUUUGUAAAUGGAGUACUUUCUUGGUUCGGUGGUCUUGUUGGUUACGAAGAACUGACUCUUGAGAUGAUAUUGGCAAAAGUCUUUAUGCCACUAAGUUGGUUGAUGGGUGUUCCUUGGACGCAAUGCGAAGACGUAGGAACAUUGAUAGGUUUGAAGACAGUGGUCAAUGAAUUAGUCGCUUAUCAAAAAUUGGGCGAAGUGAAGCAUAGACUAUCCAGCAGAUCGGAAGCGAUAGCCACGUUUGCAAUUUGCGGUUUCGCAAAUCCAGGAUCGAUUGGUAUUCAAGUCGGUGUUUUUUCGUCUUUGGCGCCAGAAAAGAAAGAGCAGGUAACAGACGUUAUUCUGCGAGCCUUUGUAACUGGCAGCGCCGCCUGUUUUCUCACAGCUAGCAUCGCCGGUAUGUUAAUUGACGAUGAUUCAUUAUCUACUGUAAAUGCGGGGCAACAUGUUGCGGCUAUAUCAAACAUCACUUCAACGACAUUAGCUUCAUUAAAUGUAAUUUAAAAAAUUGCAUUUAAAUUAGCAUUACAUCACAGUGAUAUUAUAUCUUGGUUUGUGAUUUAUAUUUUUAAAACUCAUCUUUUAAAAUUAAUCUUUGACUUACAAAAAUAGCAAUACAUAAAUAAGUCUUAAGUGAUAAUAAGCGAAUAGUUAAUAAUAGUAGCAAGAGAAAGGCAAAUAAAUGUUAUUACAUUGUUUUAUCAGUAAUAAGUAUAUUUAUAAAACAUCAAAAUAUAACUUAUAAAUAACAUAAAGAUUGCCAUUCUUGACUGAAAACAAGAUUGAAAAUCUAAUAAAAUUAAUUUCGCGCGUAAUAAUUAAUUAUAAUUUAAUUAUAACUUAAAGUGACAUGACAGUCACAUUACAUAAGCGAUGUACUUAUUGUACGUAUGUGCCAUUAUUUGUACGUUCUCAGUAUAUAUUAAAAUUGCACAUGUAUCAAUUAUAAAAAAGGAUCCCCCAAAAUAAACAUACCUAUUUAUUUUUAA